UUACCAUAUGAUAUGAAAUGAAGAAUAAUUUCGUGACCAAGAUCAAUUUUAUAAUAAUAUUAUAAAAUUAAAAUAUCGUAGAUGGUCAAAAUUUUUUCUCAGAUACUAGUCGCUCAUGGACAUUUUUGUGCUUCUCAUCCUUGGGAAGUCAUAGUUUCAAUUAUAACAAUGACAAUAUGUUCUUUAUCUAUGGCGGUUUAUGUUAGUUUGGAUAAAAUUUGCGAUUAUAAUUAUAAAUGUCCUGAAAUAGAUGAAAAGAGUUCAGAUGUUAUUAUUUUAACAUUUACUAAAUGUGUAGCAAUAUUUUAUAUAUAUCUGCAAUUCAAGAAGCUAAGGCGGCUAGGAUCAAAAUAUAUCUUAGGUUUAGCGGGACUGUUUACCAUAUUUUCCAGUUUCAUAAUAAGCGCCACCGCCAUAAAAUUCCUGGGUCUAGACCUUUAUUUCAUCAAGGAAUCCAUACCUUUCUUCCUGCUCCUAAUAGACCUAUCGAAAGCCAGUACGCUUGGGAAAUUUGCGCUUAACUACGCCACCUUCAACUCGGAAUUCACCGAGUCCUCCUCGCGUUCAACUUCGGUAAAUAGUCAAUGUAAUGGUCACAAGGCGAAAUCUUUUAUCAAAUCGAAAUCGGGGUUUAAUAACAGGAAGUCUCAUAAGGACGAAUAUUACGACGACGACGAUUACGUCAAAAGUGAUGAAUCAUCAUUGCUAGAGGAGAAGGAUAAUUUUAACGUCGUGAAAGAAAGCAUUGGAAAGAGUUUGACCGUACUCGGCCCUUCAUUCACGCUCGAUACGCUAGUAGAAAUUAUGGUGGUAGGCAUCGGGACCAUAUCUGGAAUCAAAACGUUGGAAAUUGCUUGCUUAUUCGGCUGCUUGGCUAUUCUAAUAAAUUAUUUUGUCUUUAUGUCCUUCUACCCUUCAUGUUUGAGUCUAGUAAUGCAGAUUUCCCAAACCAAUCAAUCUAAACUUACUCAUUUCAAAGCCCAUUCGCUGUACAGUAAGGAUGACUUGCUACUCCCGUCAGUCAAAAAUGGAAAAAAUUUAUCGAAUGGAUUGGCUUGCUGCGAUUCUCUCAACAAGCGCAAAAGGAGAAUGCUGGACGAUAGCAAUUUUUGGAAAUUAUCCAUACUAAACGAUAUAAUAUUUCCUUCUUCCAACGCGGAUACAAUCGACUUUUUAGGGUGUGAAGAGGAUUGUGAACAGAAAAACGCCAUUAAUGACUCACCCGGUUGGUUUGAGAAAUGGAUAAAAUCUAACGGGAAAGCUUUUACCAAUUCGGAUUCUCUUUUUUCGCAACACUAUAUCUCUCCAAAUAAACACGAUUCCUCAAACCUUUCUCCCCCUCAGCUAUUGGGUAACCCUGUAAUUCAAAGGAUAAAAAUCAUCAUGUCGCUGGGACUUUUGAUAGUCCAUGUUCAUUCCCGAUUUUUUAUGAGCUAUUACACCCAUUCCAAAGUUAUCAAUUCUGCCAAAAAUCCUUCAAAUUUUAUCGAAUCCUUAAAUUCCAAAAAUCUAGUGAAUAUCAAUGGUUUAAACGAGGACGAUACCAAUAUUUUUGCUCCCAAACAUUCCUUACUUGUAUUUACAAUCCUGAAGAUUUUUCAUCUCAAACUUCAAGACUGGAUAACUUUUUUGUUCGCUUUGCUUACCGGUGUACAUUAUUUUUAUUACGACAAAACUAGUAUGGAUCGCUUUCAUUCCAGCGAAAAACCAAAUGCUAAAAAUAAUUCCGAUAAAGUUUUUUCGAAUGGAAAACAACCCGAUGAUGUUUGUUGCAAACGUUCCAAUUCUGAAGAUUUUGUUGAUAUCAAGCGAUGUGUAUCAUUUAUUAUCGGUGAUUAUGCAAGUGAAUCAAAAAAUUUAGACAAGGAAACUCAAACUACCAAUAUUCAUAAAAAACAUGACAAGUCAACCUUAACAACUACCGAAUCUCUUCCUAACUUGACCAAACAAAAACUGACACAAGAUGACCAUGUUUUGUUGUCUAAAUUGUUAUCCAAACAAAUUGCUUCCCACGCCUUAGAUACUCAUACGUCGAAUGACUACGAGAGAAGCAUUAGAAUAAGGAGAGCCGCUUUGCUCAAAAAUUUGGGUUAUAAAUUUUGCCCCCCUACGACAAACGAAAAAAAUACCGAUUCUAGAAUAGUCAAACACGAAUUCGAUUGUUCGCAUAAUGGGCAAAAUUGUGAUUUAAAUGACGAAAACUUUUUGAAUGAUUUACCUUUCGAAAGGUAUCCAGACUAUGAACUUGUAAACGGGGCAUGUUGCGAAAACGUUGUUGGGUAUAUGCCCAUACCUUUAGGAAUCGCCGGCCCACUUAAAUUGAAUGGUGAAUUAUAUUACCUUCCCAUGGCUACAACUGAAGGCUGCUUGGUAGCUAGCACUAAUAGAGGAUGUAGGGCCAUUCAGGAAAGUGACAAUACUAUGGGAAUUCAGUCCACUUUAUACGAUGACGGGAUGACACGUGGUCCCGUAAUAUUAUUUCCAUCCUGCUUAAGAGCCGCGGAGGUCAAGGCAUGGACUAAACAACCCGAUUCUUACAACGCUCUCGAACGCGAAUUCGAAUCUACUAGUCGAUUCUUGAAGCUGAAAAAAAUAGAUUGUCGUCUGGCUGGAAGGAGAUUAUUCUUAAGGUUCAAGGCCACCACAGGGGACGCCAUGGGAAUGAACAUGAUUUCCAAAGCCUGCGACGUAGUCCUGAAACACAUGCAAACCAUACAUUCCGACAUGGAAAUUCUAAGUUUGAGCGGCAAUUAUUGUGUAGACAAAAAAGCCGCGGCUCUCAAUUGGAUCGAAGGGCGGGGUAAAUCUGUCGUUUGCGAAGCACUUAUCACAGCCGAUGUCGUUAAAAGAAUACUUAAAACAACCGUUCCUGCUAUGAUAGAACUAAACGAAAACAAAAACCUGAUAGGCUCUGCUAUGGCUGGAACUAUAGGUGGAUUCAAUGCACACGCUGCGAAUAUUGUUAGUGCUAUGUUCAUAGCAACCGGGCAGGAUCCGGCCCAAGUAGUUUCCAGCGCGAAUUGCAUAACCUUAAUGGAAUAUUCUGGGAUAAAUAAAGAGGAUUUACUUAUCUCCUGUACUAUGCCUUGCUUAGAGUUAGGAACUGUUGGAGGGGGUACAAUAUUGACCUCUCAACGUACUUGCUUAAAAAUCUUAGGCGUCGAAGGACCAAAUUUAGCAUAUCCAGGUAAAAACGCUUCUCAAUUAGCUCGCAUAAUAUGUGGCGCUGUUCUAGCCGGAGAAUUAUCCCUUAUGGCCGCGUUGUCGGCAGGUCAUUUAGUCAAGAGUCAUCUCAAAUAUAAUAGGUCUCAGAAAAAUUGUGGUGCGCCAACAUCAAAAUAAAAUUAUCUAGUAAAUUAUCUCACUUUUAGAAAAUUAUUAUUUUAUUUUUUUAAAUUGUACGAUAGAAAAAAAAUUAUGUUUGUAAUUGUUUUAAUUUUCCCUGAAAUUUAGAUUAAUCAAUAAAUUAAUACAAAUUUAUAUAAAAUAUACUAUUAUACUUGAAGAAAUAUUUAUUUGUAAUUGUGAUAAAAUUUGAGCCUAAUUAUUUGUGCUAUAAACUAUAUAUUUUUUAAUUAUAAUGUAUGAUUAUAUGAUUUAUGAAGAUUUAGCUUGUAAGUUUAAAUUUUUGCUCAUGCAUUUAUUUAUUCCAUAUUAUUCCACUCUAAAUUAUAUUUUUAAGUGUGUACUAGUUUAGUUAUAAUUUUUAAUUAGUAUCAAUAUUUAUAUUUUCUGUAUGUUCAAAUAAAUUAAUUAUCCAAAACAUGUUAUUACCCAAAAUAAGAUUCUCAUAACCCAACUUAUAAUUACAAUUUAUAACCAUCAAAACUUUAUUUUAUUUGUUAUUAUUUGAUUCAAAACACAUAAUCAUGAUAAUAUGCUAAUUCAUUUUAUAAAUUAUAUUUAGAAAAAAUUCUUCUUUUCAA